GUCGUGGCCGUCACAGCCAAAUGACGAAUCGAGGGGUGUCGGCCGCUGCGCGAGCGAGCGUCGCUGGUGGUUUGUUUUGAAUGCGCGCGUGCCGGCGACGGUGCCAUGUUUCUGGGACGCGGCUCGCCCACGGUCAAGGCGGCAAGCAACCCACGCGCGGACAGUGGCGCGGGAGGCGGCAACGCUGCCCUUGAAAAGCCGUGGUCUCCGCUGGCCGCGCACAGAAUGGCGAGCACCGCGAUCCAAGCGCACCUGCAGCCUUCGUACCGGCUGCCCAUGGUGCUCGGCUUCCAGGAGCGAGAGCUCGAGGCGGCCUUCGAGCACAACCGAAACCCGAACUUCAGCGACCUGGCAAUCCUAGCCGCGGAGAUGGGCCUGCCACUCGACGCCGUCAAGAUGUGGUUCGAGAACCGGCUGGCGCGUUGGCGAGUGUCGCAGGGUCUACCAGCCAACGGCAGAAUGGUUAACCAGUGAGGUGGACCGGCGCUACUGCACAACUGGAUGCGCUUGGCAGCCGACGCGAGCCAAAGACAUCUUCACGCACUGACUGGACGCCUACCCCAGGCACUGGAUGACAUACCUUGCAGGAAUGACCAAGACGUGACGCCUGUAGCGUCCACAAUCGCGGUGCAAUAAAAGUUAUUUCUUCCAA